AUGUCUACCACCAGUCUACCAGCAUACACUGGGCGCCUGUCGUUCCAGGGUACGCCGGCCUAUUCAGCUGAGCCGCACGCCUAUGAGCAACGCCUCGCUCUAAACCGCCCAGUUCUGAGGCCGGAAGGGAGCUUUGUCAAGCAGUCGAAGAAUGUGAGCCUCCGUCUCUACGCUCAGGACAACAACGCGAGCCUUCCAAUCUACGGGUGCGGCGCUGCCGUUGAGGGCGCCGUUACUUUAUCAGGUGUGGAGGGGGUCACUGCCGUUGAGGUCAAGAUUGAGGGCAAUUUGCACCUGAGGGAAGUCGGAGAAGGCGGAACGACGACCUACAAGCUUUGUUUAGAGAAAGUCACGCUUUGGAGCAAGGAGAUGGACUCGGAAUCCUGUCCUUCGAUGCUCGAGUUCAGCUUGACGUUGCCCACAACGUUCUCGGAUGACAAGGACACCUACCCACUACCGCCGACUCACGACGUCCAUCUGUCCGGCGUGCCUGGAUUCACGGCCGCAACAGAAUACAAAGUGAGCGUGUCAGUGACAAAGAGCAAAGCAUCGCAGCUCCUGCGGAUAGGCAAUGGGUCGGUUUCUGUCUUUCGUGAAAGAUUUGCUAGAGUUGACGGUCAGCUUAUCGCAAGGCACGUCUCGACCCCCUUCAUCUACUACCCACGAUCACGCCCGGGCGUGCCACUCCCGGCGCCGAUGCGCCAGUCGUUCGACAACUUCAAGUUCAUCGAAACGCCGGAGUGGCAGCGCUGGGAGUCGGUGAUGAAGGCGCGGCUUGCCGGUGGCAUGGACAUCCUCUGUCAGCUGUACAUACCUGCGUCCCGGGUAUACAGCAUCACCCAGCCUAUUCCGUUCCAUGUCAUGUUCAGCUCAUCGGCGUUCUCCUUGGCGGCGUUCCUCCCGUACGGGCCCACCGCGACAAUCCUCGCGCCGAACAAGCAAUUUACGCGGCUGCGCGUCGUCAGGAAGUCGACUGUGGACGUUCGGAACGAGUUCAUCUUGGGAACGAAGACAGAUAUCUGGAGGGUAGACCCCAUCGGCGAGGGUGACUUCAAGCACUCUGGUGAUGGUCAUGAAUGGCUAUGCUUUAACGGCGAGAUACGCCUGGAUAAAGACGUGAAGGUCGGAAGCUUCAAGGCCGGCGGCCUUAGUGUCAGGGAUUUCCUCGAGUUCACGAUGCAGCCACCGGAGCCGUCGAAAGCUCCGUUCAAGGAGAUGCGCUUGGUGAUUCCGAUCCAUCUGACUACAGACGCGUGGUCGGUGGAUAGCAUGGCGCAAGCCGUCGUGAACAACUGGACGCCUCCGAGCCCUCCUGAUUCGACUCACGAAGGACAGGCGAUCUGA